AUGAGCUGGUGGUGGUCCGGCGCCAUCGGCGCCGCAAAGGUAUCCAGCCGAUCGGAUCCCCGGCGGACGCCGCGGAUGGACGCGGUUUCUGAUUUUCGCCUACAAUCCGCCCUGCCGGGGUCUUCAUUCUUUCCCCCGAUUGCAGAAGAAGCUGGGCGAAGACGAGGGCGACGGCAGCGCGGGGACCAAGCACGAGAGCGUCGGCCUGGUGAUCGGCGUCACGGGAAUCGUCGGCAACAGCCUCGCCGAGAUCCUCCCCCUUUCGGACACUCCCGGCGGCCCGUGGAAGGUUUACGGGGUCGCCCGGCGGCCCCGCCCCGCCUGGAACAUUACCGACCACCCGGUGAUGUACGUCCAAUGCGACGUCUCCGACGCCGGCGACGCCCAGGCCAAGCUCGCCCCUCUCUCCGACGUCACCCACGUCUUCUACGCCGCUUGGAUCCAGCGCCCUACCGAGGCCGAGAACUGCGAGGCCAACGCCCGGAUGCUCAGGAACGUCCUCGCCGCCGUCGUCCCCAACUGCCCCGGCCUCCGUCACGUCUGCCUGGUGACUGGGCGCAAGCACUACUUCCGCCUGACGGGAUUACCCGGCGAGACGCCUGCACACGAUACGCCGUACCACGAGGACCUCCCACGUUUUGAAACGCCCAACUUCUACUACGACCAGGAGGACUUGCUCUUCGAGGCGGCGGCGAAGUCGGAGAACCUCUCGUGGUCAGUGCACAGGCCAGGGGUCAUCUUUGGGUUCUCUCCCCUCAGCCUGAUGAACUUCGUCUCGUCUCUGUGCGUUUACGCCGCCAUCUGCAAGCACGAGGGGGCGCCUCUCCGGUACCCCGGAAACGAGGUCGUCUGGGAAGGCUACUGCGACGCUUCCGACGCCGAUCUCAUCGCCGAGCAGCAGAUUUGGGCUUCCGUAGACCCUUACGCCAGGAACGAGGCAUUCAACUGCAGCAACGGCGACGUGUUCAAGUGGAAGCACAUGUGGAAUGUCCUGGCGGCACAGUUCGGGGUGGAACCAGUCGGCUACCAGGGGGAAGAGAAGCGUUUCAGCCUUCAGGAGGCGAUGAAGGACAAGGCCGAGGUCUGGGAUGCCAUCGUGAACGAGAACCAGCUCGCGAAAACCAGGCUGAACGAGGUGGCACAGUGGUGGUACCUGGAUUUGCUCUUCAAUGCCCAGGGCACCCACUUGGACAGCAUGAACAAGAGCAAGGAGCACGGCUUCCUGGGGUUUAGGAACUCUGUGAAUUCCUUCACCUACUGGAUCGACAAGACCAAGGUCUACAAGAUCGUCCCUUGA